AUGCCAGGAACAAUCGAGUUACCUCUCGUCGACCUCGGCCCAUACCUGAACCCCAAGGCUCCUGGGGAUAGGGAGAAGGUCGUGGCCGAGGUGCGCGAAGCCUGCUCCCAGUUUGGCUUUUUCCAGGUCAAGAACCACGGCGGGCUACGAGUGCUCCGGUAUGACCUGCGUGAGGGUGAUGCGCUCCCCGACUCUAAGGAGGCUUUCUACAUCGGCCGCGAGGACCCCGUCGUUGAGCCCUCGGGAUUUCACUGCUCCAACGUGUGGCCCGACAUGGCCGAGCAAGACUUCCACGAUCCGGUGUGGCAGUACUACGAGGACAGUGGAAAGCUCGGCCGUACAAUCUGGGAGAUCCUCCUCGAGGGUCUCAACCAGCCUGUCUCCACUCUCGAGGGCCAGUUCGGCGUCGGCGCCCACAACGGCUUUGGCGGCGUCACCGUCCUCCUCCAGCAGCCCGGCCGCGAGGGUCUCGAGGUCUGGGUCGAGAGCGAGGAGGCAUGGCUCCCCGUCCCGUCCCUGGAGGACGUCUACGUCAUCAACUGCGGCGACAUAAUCAUGAAGUGGUCCGGCGGCGUUUACAUGAGCGCCAGGCACCGCGUCGUCAACAAGGAUGACCACGAGCGCCUGUCGUUUGCCACCUUCUGGCACGGUGAUGUCGGCGCCUCCAACCCUCUGGACCCCGACGCGCCGCGCGAGACGGUGGGGCAACUUCUCGUGAAGCGCUUUGGUAGCUAG